GGGUUCAUACCCAUAAAACUGCUGCACAACAAUUCCUCCUUUCACCCGAUUUCCCUUCUUUUGUUUUCGGAUCGAAUGGACGCUGCGGCACUCCGCCAGCUGGCGCUUGAAGUCUCUUCUGGCGACCUCGCUGUUUCCGGUGAUGCCAAGCGCAACUUGCAGGCGUUUUUCACCCCAACGCGGGCGGCAGAGUUGAUGGCCGAUCCCGCCGCAGCGGAGGAACUGAGCACGCUUUUGAAAGACGUUGAGGCUGCUGAGGACCGGGAUAUUUACACCCUCAUAGGAAGUGCACUGAGGGACGUGUUCACGGACCUGACAGAUGCGAGAAGAGGCGUCCUCUUUGCACCUUCUUCGCAUUUCCUGCUCGAGUUCGUGGUCCGCUCCGCGGCUGCCGCGGACACCGCUGUUGCCUCCACCAUGCUCGCGGCGCUGCAGUGCAUCGUGCUCGACACGCUGCGUCAUGCGGAAAACGCCGUGCUUGUUGGACAGCUGCUCGACGCGCAUUUCCACAACGACCGCGUGCUGCGGCUGCUGAACUGCGACGACGCCGAGGCACCCACCAACCCCAAAGUAUGCGCCUUCCUUGAGCAGCACACCGCGUUGCUUCAUUUCCUUUUGGAGGCCACCGAGGGCGCCUUUGCGAGUGAUCCGCUGCUGCUAGCGAAUUAUUUGGUGGCCAGCGGUGUUGUGUGUCGCACCGUUGCGAUGCCCAGUACACUGCGGCAAGCCACGAUGCAGGUCCUGCAGGGACACGACGACCCCGUGUACUACGCUUUUGUGUGCCGCUUCUGGAGCAUUGCGUUGCUGCGCCACGAGGACAACGGCAGCCGCGACGCCGCCGCGUGCGUAUCGGCCGUUGUGCCGGUCGUUGCGAGCGACGCGCAGGAUGAGGCGGCGACGGAGGCCGCCUUCGACGUGCUCGGGGCCGCGGCCACAACCCAAACAGGCUGGGACGCCGUCACGAGUCUUUUGCGGUGCGACGAACUGCAGGCGCGACUCCGCAGCACAUCCUCAUCGCUUCGUCUCUCCACGCUCAACUUAAUCCUUUCCAUGCUGGGCUCCUCGCACGUUGUGCCGUCGUACUUUACCAAAGAUUUAAUGCUGGAUGCGUGGCAGACGCGCACCACCCCUGAUGAUGAAGUGCGCCUGGCUCUUUGGCGGGUGGUGCUCAAGGCGCUCCGCUUUGACGGUCUGGAGAAAGUGCUGGCUGCUGUGUGCGCAUCGUUUUUGUGUAGUGGAGCCUACGAAGAGAACAUCACGGUGCGCACGAUGAAGCUGCAGGCUGCCGACUAUCUUGUCCAGCACUCCACGUUGCCGGAGAACGUGCAGACCCGGCUGAAGCAGUACAUUGAUCGUGGUUUGUACCCAGCAGGCUCCAGCGGUGUCUCUCUCCUGACAAAGGAGUAG